GCCGGAGCCGAGUAGUGCCGGUGACCGACACUAGAGGCUUCCCCUGAUGCCCGGUGCCUGUCUUGUUGUGGUUAGCUGGGUGCUAGCCCAUGCCGUCUGCCGUAGCCGGUUCUUUCGGGGAUGGCUGUCCCAUGAGGUCGGGGAGCGGACCAUUGUUGCCUGACUAAGCACCGAGUGAAGUUUCGUGGCCAUGGCGGGUGUUUUCGACAUUGAUUUGGAUCAACCGGAUGAGAAUGUCUCUGACGACGACCUCGAGGACGGGGGCCAGCCUAGUGAAUACAUGGACCAGUGCAGUGGCUUUGACUUUAACAUGGAUGACUGUGAGAAGUUUGAAAUUUCAGAAAACAGCGUCAACCAGGGAACAGAGCCGAUCAGACCUGAAUGCUUUGAGCUGCUGAAGGUUUUGGGGAAAGGUGGCUAUGGGAAGGUGUUUCAAGUUCGGAAGGUUUCUGGUUCCACCUCUGGGAAGAUAUUCGCAAUGAAAGUUUUGAAGAAAGCCAUGAUUGUGCGUAAUGCGAAGGACACGGCUCACACUAAAGCUGAAAGGAACAUUCUAGAGGAGGUGAAGCAUCCUUUCAUUGUGGACCUCAUCUAUGCCUUCCAGACCGGGGGAAAGUUGUACCUCAUCCUGGAGUACCUGAGUGGUGGGGAGCUGUUUAUGCAACUGGAAAGAGAGGGCAUCUUCAUGGAGGACACAGCAUGUUUCUACUUGGCUGAGAUCUCUAUGGCACUUGGUCACCUGCACCAGAAAGGCAUCAUCUAUAGAGACCUAAAGCCCGAGAACAUCAUGCUCAACAACAAUGGACAUGUAAAGCUGACCGACUUUGGUCUCUGCAAAGAGUCCAUCCACGACGGAACGGUGACCCACACCUUCUGUGGCACUAUUGAAUACAUGGCUCCAGAGAUCCUGAUGAGGAGUGGACACAACCGAGCUGUUGACUGGUGGAGUUUGGGAGCUCUUAUGUAUGACAUGCUGACAGGAGCACCCCCGUUCACCGGUGAAAACCGAAAGAAGACAAUUGAUAAAAUCUUGAAAUGCAAACUCAGCCUUCCGCCUUACCUAACCCAAGAAGCCAGGGACCUCCUGAAAAAGCUGCUGAAACGAAAUGCCUCGUUGCGACUUGGUGGCGGACCAGGAGAUGCUGCCGAGGUCCAGGCCCACCCAUUCUUCCGUCACAUCAAUUGGGAUGACCUCCUCGCUCGCAAAGUAGAGCCUCCAUUCAAGCCAUAUCUGCAAUCGGCUGAUGACGUCAGCCAGUUUGACUCCAAGUUCACCAGCCAGACUCCAGUGGACAGCCCUGACGACUCCACGCUCAGUGAGAGUGCCAAUCAAGCCUUCCUGGGUUUCACAUAUGUAGCCCCGUCUGUGCUGGAAAACGUCAAAGAGAAGUUCUCUCUUGAGCCAAAGGUGCGCUCACCUCGGAAGUUCCCAGGAAGCCCAAGAACACCUGUGAGUCCGUUGAAGUUUGUCGCUGGGGACUGCUGGCUCCGGGGACCCCCGGCGGCGGGGCGCACUGCAGAGCAGCCCAUGGAGGUGUCUGCAGUGGAGACAAUGGAUACGAGUGGCAGUGGCUCUGAGGCCUCUGCGCCGCUUCCCAUCAGGCACCCGAAAGGCAUCAAUGCGGCACACUCCAAAAAGCAGACCUACCCCAUGAACUCCAAGCGGCCAGAACACCUACGGAUGAACCUAUGACGCUUGGCUCUUCGGCGAACAUUAGGACUCUUCUAGUUCCUCGUCUUCCUUUUUUUGCUUUCAGAGAGACUCGUAGAACAUGUUUUCCAAUAGACUGACGCUGUCAGUGCCGAUCACCAGCUCUUCCAGCAGCGCCUUGCCACCCCGACGCAGAUAAUCAGCCGUACAGAAGAUGGGAGAGUCGGGGGAAGUUGGGUGAGCAAGGUGGCUCUUCAACGAGAGUUGGCUUCCUAGUUGUAGGCUUGGUAACGACAGCGUGGUCUACUCUACUGACUAAUAUGGUGCUCUUUGAUCCUCAAGUCUGCUGAAUGUUAAUUCUGGUGUUAAUGACUCAUUGCCUCAUUUGGUAACGGGGCUUUUGUGAGAACUCACAGGGUUGGCUGUGAGUAGAUACAUUUAUUAGAAAACAAUUCCACAAUGACCACAGUAUUCCUUUCAUGUUUGAGGAGAACAUGUUGCCUUUCGUCACUGGAGUGUGUGGCCAGUAGCAGGAGGAGCACGAAUACAAAAAAAAAGACAGAGGUGAGCUUUCAGCUUCCACCACAAUCAGUACCAAUGGCUGGCUGCUUCACUCUGUCUGACUGAGUGCGUUCUGUCGGAGGCGUUGUUCUUUCUCUUUCUGUUGAAUGUAAGCCGACUGUAUGCAUUGUUUUUGUGUGAAUCUCCUGCUCUGCGUUGCUCUAAUCACCCCUGUAGCAAUAGUUUGAACUCCCCUUCUCAUGCAAUCUCCCCGACCAUGUCAUGUCAACAAGUCGACCCGAAAUCUGCACAUUCAUUUCACUGAAAUGCAUUGAUUCAGGCCGUGUCUUUGUGCUUUGUGUACCCCUUCCAUGCAUUUGCAGUAACUGGGCCCAUGUGUUAGAGGCUGAGCCCUGAUUGGGAUGAGAUGUAUGACCAGUUUGUGUGAUGUGCAGCUACUAUCUAAGCCUCUGGAGUCAAGCCAUUGAAAUCUGCAAUCCCUAAUACUGACCGCGCUGUCACAUGCAGAUUCCCUCAAUGACAACUGAAAGUUAAGUUUCAGUUUGAAAGGCUCACUGGUGUUUCCUGUUAUCCAAACAUUUGGUGUUUAAGGAAUUGAAAAAUACUGUUUCAAUGACCAAAUGCUUUCUCUUUUGCUGGUGAGCAAAACAUCCCUGGACAACAAGUGUGUUGCUGCUUGGAUACAAGACCUACAAGGUUCAAAGGUCACACACAUUAGGUUUUCCACGCUGAUGCUGUUUGAGGUUAUUUGAUGAGUAGCUCAGACAAAGGUUUCUAAAUGGACCUGUGUCUGUCUGAGCCAAGUCGCUUUCUUCCACCAUUCCGGUACAAAUAUGUUUAUGAUCAAUCACUAGUUUUUUACCUCACCUAACGUUUGGUUCAUUUGUUACAAUAUUUAUUUGAUGUGCCAAUGUGUUUCCACUGUAUUGUUCACACUAUGCAAACAAUGUAUUUAUGAUGUAGUUAUUUAGGUCAGGCAGCAGAAUGGGUAAUCAUUUGUCUUCUGACAAGACUUGUUAUGCCAUAAUGGUAAUAAGCAUGUACAGUACAAUUUUAUUUUCACAGAACAUGUCUUACAGCAUUCUCGGAUGAAUUCCAAAAUUGAGUUACUUUAUUGACCUACAGUAUUUAUUCAGUCUUAGUAUCAAAAUGAAGGGAGACUUUCAAAAAGACAUUCAAUUAUCUUAAACCUUGCUGAAAACUUGAACAAUUUAGUUUUGCAGUCAAACUUAUGCAAAACCCAACAAUGUCCAUUUGUUUGCUUCACAUGUGAUCCAAGCAGGAUCACGUGUUCGUGUGCGUGUGCAGGUACUUUUGAGUAUCUGCCACACUGAGUGAGUUGUUUGAGAAGCUUCCUUCAGGUAUGAAACACUUUGUGACUACAGUGGGUGUUUAAUAACAUUAUCCCUGUUGCUUGUUACCUCUAGAUAUGACCCUCAAAAUGGAAAUGUUAAUAUGCAUCACGUAUAUGAUGAAGUUCAAAUAAAUGAUCAGCGGCAAUGUAA